AUGAUGGCAUGGCUUGCCGUCCAUGACAACGGCCACGGCAAACCGGCCAACGCUCCUUCCAUCCUUUCCCCCACCAUUCUGUCCAUCGCUCCUUCCCUCUUUCCUUCGAUACCCCGUGCAUCCAUCCCGCCUUUCCGACAAGCGGCAGUGCGUGCUACGGUCGCAACAAACAAUACCCACGCUCCCUUUCCCACCAUCAAUAUCCGUGCUCACCCUACUGCUGCGAUCCCCGCCAUGGCGUCCCUGCUCAAGCACAAGGACUUUGCCGCUACGUCUAACAACGCAGCGCCCACAGACGGUCCCACCGAGGCGCAGAUCAAUGCGGCUCGUGCCCAGGACGACGCAGAGCGAGCCGCUGUCAACGCACGCUUGAAGCAAAACGAAGCGGCAGGCGCUCGCGUCCUCGAGUUCGACGAAAAUGCCACCCCAGAGGAGAAGGCUGCACAGGCUGCCAAGGCUAUGGACCGCCUUAAGCCCAAGACUGCCGMCGCCGCCAAGAACGACGCCGGUCACGGCAUGGUCUCGGACAUCGGUGGCAAGAAAGUCGACCCUACCCUCAAUCUCAGCGACGUCGACAAGCUCAACCAGCAGGAAAAGGCCGCUCCAGGCUCGCUCCCCGUCGGGCAACCCACCAACAACCUUCCCAACUGGUACACGGUCGGAUGGACCGGCCUCGCCCGUGCCAACAAGGGCCUCAGCCCAGACCAGUCCGUCACACCCGCCGAAGAGGCUCAGAUGGAUCUCAUCAGCACCUUCCUCAGCGACGCCUACUACGGCCAGUUCUACUGGAACGCUGCCGUCAUCAUGAUCGCCGUCCUCUUCACCUACUUUGCCACCCGUCUCGGCGGCGGUAUCGCCUCCCUCCUCAUCAUCGGCGCGUUCUGCUCCACCUACUACAACACCUCCAUGCGACGCACCCGCCAGCGCGCCAGGGACGACAUCACCCGCGAAAUGGCAAAGAAAAAGAUGAUCUCCGAACACGAGUCCGCAGAGUGGAUCAACCACUUCCUCUCCCGCUUCUGGCUCAUCUACGAACCCGUCCUCUCCGCCACCAUCAUCGGCAUCGUCGACCAGAUCCUCCUCCAAAACUGCCCUCCCUUCCUCGACUCCAUCCGCAUGACCACCUUCACCCUCGGCACAAAGGCACCGCGCAUCGACUCGGUCCGCACCUUCCCCAACACCGAAGAGGACAUCGUCAUGAUGGACUGGAAGUUCAACUUCACCCCGUCCGACGUACAGGACCUCACCGUCAAGCAGGCCGCGCAAAAGAUCAACCCCAAAAUCGUCCUCACCGUCCGCCUCGGCAAGGGCUUCGUCGGCGCAGGCCUCCCCAUCCUCCUCGAAGACAUCAACUUUGUCGGCUACGUCCGCCUCCGCAUGAAGCUCAUGAGCAACUUCCCGCACGUACAGCUCGUCGACAUGUCCUUCAUGGAGCCGCCCAAGAUCGACUACGUCCUCAAGCCCAUCGGCGGCAACACCUUUGGCUUCGACAUCGGCAACAUCCCCGGCCUCUCCGACUUUAUCCAGGGCCAGAUCCACGCUAACCUCGGUCCCAUGAUGUACCACCCCAACCAGUUCACCAUCAACCUCGAACAGAUGAUGUCCGGCACCCCGCUCGACACCGCCGUCGGCGUCCUCCAGGUCAACAUCUGGUCCGCUCGCAACCUCAAGGGCGUCAAGCUCGGCGGCGGCACCCCCGACCCCUACGUCACCCUCUCCAUCGACAACCGCGACACGCUCGCAAAGACCGCCACCAAAAAGGGCACCUCUAAUCCGCAGUUCAAGGAGACCAAGUUCGUCCUCCUCAACAGCCUCAACGGCAUGCUCACCAUGUCCCUCAUGGACUACAACGAGCAUCGCCCCGACUCCAACCUCGGCCAGGCCGCCUUCGACCUCAAGGAGCUCAUGGAAGACCCCGAACAGGAGAACCUCAGCACGCCCGUCAUCCUCGACGCAAAGGAGCGCGGCGAGGUGCAGUACUCGCUCUCUUACUACCCGGUCGUCAAGCCAGAGCUCGGCGACGACGGUCAGCCCAAGCCGCUCCCCGAGACGCGCUCCGGUGUCGUCCGCUUCACCCUGCACCAGGCCAAGGAGCUCGACAAGCGCUCCGGCUUCUCCGGCGAACUCUGCCCCAAGGGUCGCAUCCGCCUCAACGGCCAGCAGGUCAAGGACACCCUCGUCAUCAAGCGCAACACCAACCCCAUCUUUGAAAUGCCCACCGAGUUCCUCGUCACCGACCGCAAGAAGGCCGUCAUCACCGUCGAGAUCCUCGACGAUCGCGACCUGCGCUCCGACCCCGUCGUCGCCUACGUCAGCAUCCGCCUCGAAGAUCUGCUCGCCGCCAAGGAGAAGCAGCAGGACUGGUUCCCGCUCAAGAACUCCAAGAACGGUCGCGUGCGCAUGUCGGCAGAGUGGAAGCCCGUUCAGAUGUCCGGCAGCAUGAACGGCAGCAGCGGCUACACUCCGGCCAUCGGCGUCGUCAAGUUCUGGAUGAAGCGCGCCACCGACGUCAAGAACGUCGAAGGCCUCACCGGCGGCAAGUCCGACCCAUACGUCCAGCUCCGCGCCCGAGGCCAGCCCGUCGACGGCAGCACCAUCAUCAACAACAACCUCAACCCCGAGUGGAACGAGAUCCUCUAUGCGCCCGUCCACUCGCUGCGCGACAAGAUCACCGUCGAGGUCAUGGACUACCAGAACACCAGCAAGGACCGCUCGCUCGGCAAUGUCGAGGUGGACGUCGCGCAGCUCGCCACCGAGUCGGCCGGCGCUGACGCGCGCACCCGCUUCGCCAGCACGGGCAAGCACGCGCACAAGGACAAGAUCCACCUCGGCCGAGGCAUCUACAAGGGAGAGAUCGAGUUCGACUGCCAGUUCCUCCCGGCCGUCAACCUCAAGGGCGCCGAGUUUGGCGAGCGCGAGAACCAAGCCGCUGCCAAGAGCGGUGCCAUCAUCGAGGAGACCGAGGAAGAGGAGGCCGCCUCGAAGCAGUCGGUCGAAUCCUCCCGCGCCAACGGCGUCAAGGGGGCGGCUGCUCCGACCAAUGGAGCCGCCGCUGCGGCCAAGGGCCAUACCAAGAAUGCGGAUUCGAUCGCCUCGCUCGCCAGCCUCAAGACCGCCGGCACGGGCAACGGCCGUCCGUCGACUGCGGCCGAGCGCGCCGAGGAGGGCGUGAGCAUGUCCAAGGAGCAGCUGCUGCGCGAGCAGUCGGGCAUCCUCGUGUUCAACAUUCUGCAGGGCCAGCUUCCGCAUCACAAGAAGAACGCGCGGCUCGAGGUGCUCUUUGACGACGGCUACUGGCCCUCGUACACGACCGAGAAGGCGCGCACGGCGCACUGCACCUGGGACGAGGUGGGCGAGUCGGUGGUCAAGGAGCUGGACUGGUCCAAGUUCCUGCUCAAGCUGCGCACGGGCGAAGGCGACGAGGACGUGUUUGCCGAAUUCACGGGCAACACCAAGGACGUGCUCGAAAAGACGCUCGACUCGCAGUACGAGUUCCGGCUGCACAACGCGGCGGGCGCGCAGGUGGCGAGCGUGGUGAUCGAGUGCCGCUACAUCCCCAUCGACCUGCACCUCGAGCCGGUGGAGAGCGUCAACAACCAGGGCUACCUGCGCGUGGAUCUGGUGCAUGCGCGCAACCUGCGUGCGGCGGACCGCGGCAACCGUUCGGAUCCGUACUUUGCGUUUGUGCUCAACGGCGAGCGGCUGGCCAAGUCCAAGGUGGUCAAGAAGACGCUCAAUCCGGACUUUAACGAGAAUCUGGGCGAGUUCAAGGUGCCGUCGCGCGUGGCGGCCGAGGCGGUGUUUGAGGCGUACGACUGGGACCAGGUGGGUACGCCGGACCGGCUGGGCAAUGCGCAGGUGGACCUGAGCGUGCUCGAGCCGUUCGAGCCGUUGGAGAAGACGUAUGCGCUGACGGGCAAGGGCUCGACGGACAACUCGGAGGUGACGCUGCGCUUUGUGUUCAAGCCGGACUUUGUGACCAACCGCGAGCGCAAGGGCACGAGCAUCAGCCGCACGUUUACGUCGGGCGUCGCAGGUGUGGGUCGCGCGGGCGCCGGCGGUGUGCUGGCCGUGGGUACCGGAGUUGGCAAGGCGGGCUUUGGCGUGGGCAAGGGCGUGGUGGGUAUUGCAGGCAAGGGCGUGGGCGGUGUGACCAAGGGCGUGGGCAGUAUCAUCAGGCCUGGGGGCAGGAAGACGUCGGCGGGCGAGGCGUUGCUGACGGACGAGGCGGUGAUCGAUCCUGCAACGGGCGAGCUGGUGGUACCGUACGCGACCGAGGGGCUGCCAGCAUCGUCGGCGGGCGCAGGUCUGGCCGGCGGGCUGAAUAUUCCGGUGCCAGCGAUUUCAGAGGAUGCGAGGGGCAGCAUGGACCACGAUGCGCGAUCCAUGGCCGAGUCGCAGGGCACACCGUCCAAGCGCAAGUCGCGUCUGCACAAUCCGUUCAAGCGCCAUACCUAG